GCGAUGUUCGUGUUUUACGGACAUUCAUACCCACCAGUUUCGAAAGUUUCCCUCGCAUUUACAAUCUGCGCAUCCAAACGCCUUAAAAAAAAAUGUAGGGUUCCUGAUGCCGAUCUCUCUCCGAUCCUUCAAUCGGCCUUACCCAGUAUUUGUUGUAGUAGAUGUAGGAUCUGAAAUUAGGGAUGCAAUCUGCUAUAAACUCUUGUAAUUCACUUCAUCUACACUCCAAACAUCGGAGACGGGAUUUUCGAGAUCUCGUUUUCUUCUUUCUCGGACAUGGAUCGGUUUCAACAGAAGAAGAAAUCAUCGGUCGGAGAAGUAAAUAGUCAAAUUAAGAAGCGAAUGCGUACAUCGGAUAUGGGACUGGAUUCUAGUUUAUCUAGUAGUGCUAAUAAGGAAAAUUUGUCUGCCUUUGAAGUGAAUCAAAGUUCUUCGAAGAGUGUCAGUGGAACAUCCAUGAAGAUGCUACUAGCUGAUGAAAUGUCAAAAGAACUGGAAUUUAAACCGCGUUCACCGAGUGUAAUUGCAAGAUUGAUGGGUCUUGAUGCGAUUCCAGCUCAGCAGGACAAACAGCCAAAAGAGAUCCCUAAAAAUUAUUUGCGAAGAACAGCAUCAGUAGGGUCUCAAGGGAAAUCUCCAUCACACAAGGACCGUUCAUUUUGGAUACAUAACAAUGAGCAGCAAGAAUUCAAGAAAGUCCUGGAGACAUUGAAGCUUGAGAUGCGCAAGAACUGGCCGGUUCAAAAGGGAAUCGGGUUCCAGAAUCCCAGUGAGCCAAAAAUGGCUUUCAUAAGGCCGAAGUUUAUGGAUGCCAAAUGCCUCUCGACUGAUGAAAACAUUUGGCAGUCCAAGGAAUUUCAUGAUUCAUUUGAAGUUUUUUCUCUAGAAUCGAAUAAAGAUCUCUUCCUGAAAUUUCUCCAAGAACCUGAUUCUUUCUUCACAAAGCCUCUCAAUGAUCUUCAGGCCAUUCCAACUCCCCAAUCUAGGCACAGAACUGUUGUAAAAGCAUCAAAGGGUACUAAGUACGAAAACACCAGAAUGAGUGGGAAAUUGGAGAGAAAGAUGGAAGGACACAUGCAGAUGCAGAAGGAUAUGAUAAUCUCUCCUCAGGAACAUGGAGAUUGUCAUGACAGCCAUCACAAACACACUGCUUAUGUUUCACCUAACUUGUCGAAGUCAUCAUUUGAAGGAAAGACUGACACUAGCCCUCUCCCUACAAGGAUUGUUGUUCUAAAGCCGAGUCGAGGAAAGGCACAAAACACAGCCAAAGUUAUUUCAUCGCCAAGCUCCUCAACAAGUUCUCAUCUUGGCUAUAGAAAGCAUGGAGAAUUCCAACGAACUGAUAACCGGCAGUUGUUUCCAGAAUCAAGGCAUCGGGUGAAAUCAGUUAAUAAUGUGGAACUUGUGAGGAAUAGAACUAAAGGUUCGAGAGAAAUUGCUAGGAAAGUCACUCAGAAAAUGAGACAGUGUGUAACCAGCAAUGGCUCUAUAAAUGUGACAACCAUCGGACUGAAAGGAUAUUCUGGGGAUGAAAGCUCAUAUAGUAAAUCAGGAAAUGGUUCUGCAAGUGACUCUGAGGCAUUGAUACGGACACCUAGUCACUUCUAUGGCUUGAAUAAUAGGUAUAUCCACUCACCAUCUUAUUCAACCGAGUCAUCUGUGAGCAAGGAGGCCAAGAAGCAUCUCUCUGAGCGGUGGAAGAGGACUCACAAGUUUCACGAUUUGGGUGGACAGGCCAACAGGGGUUCAAGUACCUUGGGUGAAAUGCUUGCACUACCCGAUAGAGAAAUCAGGCUGCCAAUCUUGGAUUCUAUCACUGGUCAGGAUGGAUCCGGUGACGGAUCUGUUGGAAACAAGCUGCUCAGAGUAUGGGAUUGUCCUUUGGGUAUUAGCAGUAAGGAUGUCUGCAAGAAUGCAUGCCCUACAAAUUUACGACGGUCUAACUCUCUACCAGCUUCAAAUUCUGUUUGCCGAAGUCCAAAACGGAGCAUCAGACAAGGAGCUCUUGGCAGAGAUGGCAGUUUUGUGCUGAAAGAGGAGGCAAUCGAUCUGGGUCCUGGCAAACCUUCUAAGGAGAACAUUAUCAACCAAAAAGAAAGUUCAUCCCCUCGAAAAAUAAAAUUUAGCAGUAAGAAAAGACGAUCUUUUCCCAGAGCGUGCAUAGAGAAUAAGCCCACUAUACCCGACAUACGUGUGAGUUCUGAUGAACUGAAGAACAGACUUGAGGAAAGCUAUGAGUUCGAACCCAAGGUCAUGGCUCCUGAACCAUGUGUUGGUGAUAGUGAUGAUGCAAAGCAGAUUGCUGACUCUACCACAGUUGCUGAAAAAGAGGUGGUGAAAAUUCCUUUCAAUGCCCAUGAAAACCAGCUACAGGAACCAGCCACUUGUAUCAAACUAGCGAAAGAUAUAGUCUCUGCAGCUUGUGAUCAGAAUGUUUUGAAUUUAAAGGAAAUGUCCCUGGAGCACCCUCGGGUGGAGUCUCAUUGCCAUGUAAGAGAAUCAGAUCUUUCUCAAAGCUCCAAAGAAACUGGACAUCACAAUCCUGUUUCUUUGUUUGAAGUAGAAGCAGCCAGUUCUAAAUGCUUUGAAGACAUCAGUGCAGAUCUCCAUGGACUCAGGAUGCAGCUUCAACUUCUCAAGUUGGAAUCAGUCGAGGAGACGUCCUUGCAAGCAUCAGAGAUCAUUAUCUUGAGUGAUAAUGACAAUGGAGAAGGAUACACUGGUCUUCCAGGAGACAAGGGAGAAUUCUCUGAAAUGUCUAGAGAUGAGGAGAAUAGAGACUUCUCCUUCCUACUGGAUAUGCUUAUUUACUCAGGUUUUCAUGGUGCUGACCAUGAAAUGCAUUUCCAAACAUGGUACUCACCAGUAUUCCCAUUGGGCCCAGAUGUGUUUGAGAAGCUGGAGGAGAAAUAUGGCAAGCAGGAGGCAUGGCCACGAUCAGAAAGGAGGCUCUUGUUUGACCGUAUAAAUUCAGCAUUGGUGGAGAUUGUUAGGCAAGUCAGGGACUUGCUCCCAUGGGUAAAACCAAAAAGUAGAAGGAUGAGGUUUGCAUGGGGAGGUGAAGCGCUUGCAGGAGAGGUGUGGCAGUUGCUGGUUAGGUGUGAGAAGGGAGGGAGAGGGGAUUUCCCUGUGCCAUUGGUGGGGUGGUCGGAGUUAGGAGACGAAGUUGAUAGAAUAGGUAGAGAAAUAGAGAGGCUCUUGAUGGAUGAGCUGUUGGGAGAAUUUGUCCCUGUGCUCUCAUCUUGUGGAGAUAUGUAAAGAGAUCAAGAAAAUUGAAUUUUCAGAAAUGGAUAGAUAUACUCGCAUCUUGUAUGAAACCAAUGAUCAGUUUACAAGGAAAUAAAAGAUCGAAAGCUUCAAUGUCAUCCGGAAAUAAAAUAGUAUUCUCAACAAAUUGCCACCUCAA